GUUCAAAGAUAAGUAUAAAAACCACAAAACUAGGUCAUCUAACCUAAAACAAGACUCUGAGAAAGUGCCAAACAUUUUGCCUCUGAGCGAAAUGGCAUUUGAAGGCUUCCCAUGAUGGUUGAGAAGCCUCGUGGUCUUGCUUAAAAUACUCAGGUUACACUUUUUUCUCUCUCUCUCUCUCUCUCUUUUUUUUUUUUUUUUUUUUUUAUCAGCGUCGACGGUCUAAGACAAGCGGUUUUUGAGUGCGCAUAUGGGUCAUUCAAACCAAGCAAGGUUUGAGAUAGUCUGCAUGAAGAAAGGCAGAGAUAUGGUAAGUCUCUGUGAAGUGUAUAGCUUUAGUUGGUUAUGAAGUAAAAAGUCUUUUGAUGUUCUUUGUGAUACGUGUUAAAGAGAGUCGUGAGAUGGAAAUCUUUACAGAAGCCCUGCGACUUGUCUUUCUUUUACUACUCAGCUGUGAACUAAGAGACUGUUAUUCUGUGACUUGUACCGGAAAGGUGACACUUGACCAAAACAUCAUUCCUAUUGGCUCCAACCUGACUGUACACUGUCUAUCCGACACUGUGCAAUGUGGCAGGAUCUUCGUUAUGACGUUUAAUGAAAAAGAAAUACUAAGAAAAAUCAGCUGUUCUAAAGUGACAGCACACGUUUUUGUGAACGAAACGCAAUCUUUGAUCUACUGUUUUGAGAUACAAGAAGGGAAGCGUCACAUUGUGUGUGGACAGGACAUCAUCGCUAACCCAAUUCCAAGUCGUCCAGAAAUUAAAGAGAUUGUAUUCAUGAAAGGCUCGCUUUCCCCUACUCUCUACUGGCACAGCUCAGACAAUAUGGAGAAUCUAAAGCCCAGGCUGAGGUUUCGAUUAACACAUGAUCACUCAGACUGGGUGGAGGGAAAUGUGACUCAGCUUCACAGAGGGACCCUUGUGUUGCUGGAGAAGUUGGAGCCACUGACAUUAUAUCAGUUUGAGCUAAAAGUCUGCACAGCCUCAAUGAAGAAUAACUGCAGUUUGUGGAGUGAAAAGUUCAGUCAGAGCAGCCCUGGAAAAGCACCAUCGACCAAGCUCGAUGUGUGGAGGACAAUCGUGAGAAACGAACAGAGCAAUACUCAGAAUGUGACUGUCAUGUGGAAGCCUUUAGGUAAAGAAGACUUUAAAGGAGUCUUUCACCAUUAUGAAAUAGUCUAUCAAGAGAAAGGCACUAUAUACAUUCUGAAUUGCUCAACGGCUGUUACACUGUACACUCUUCAGCUGCCCCUGGAGGUGACAGAUCUGAAUGUCAGUGCUGUUACAUCAGCAGGAAGUUCACCACCAGCUUCAGUGAGACUGAUCUGUUCAGCAGGCAUACCAACUCCAGACAUAAAAUCAAGCCAUGCUGCAGGGGGCGGCAUAAACCUUACAUGGGACUUUUCAUCUUGGACGUCAGAGAAAAUGCUGGGUUUUGUAGUUCAGUGGCAAUGCAACCCACUUCAAGUGCAGUGGAAGAGAAAUGAAAAAAACUACAACUCUGUAUACAUUCAGGCUACACAAGCAAAUCUCUGUAACAUUUCGCUCUAUGUUGAAAGCAGUGAUGGAGUGUCUUGUCCUUCAUUUAAACAGAUUCCUACGAUCAAGAAAGUUAUUAAACCAAUACAAAAUGAUUUGGACAAAGAGACUGUCCCUCGCAUAGAGACCUUAACAAUGCAUUCUACAGAAAAAACGAGAAAUGGACUGGUAGUCGGGAUAUGCCUCAUAACUGCCGUUCCUAUCAUAAUCGUUGUGAAUCUAUUGUACUUGAAAUGUACACGACAAAGAUUAAGGAAGGUAUGUGUGUCAAUGGGACCAUCUUGGCUUUCUCAGAAUUUACCCCACCUUGGAAACAGCAAUGCCAUCAAAUUACUGAAGGAUGAGAGAUGUGGUUCUGAUCUGUGCUGGCAACCUGUGGACAGUGACCCACCCUUAUCUCCAGUUGAGGACUACAGUCCAACUUCAGAAAGGAAGGAUUUGUACCCGGUUGUACACAGAGAUGUAACCACAGAGAAGACUACAGUUGUACAAGACUGGACAGUCUGUCCUUAUAAACCUCAAGUCACUAUUUCUCAAGGAACAGAGAUGGUCUGUGAGGUAUCUGAGAUGGAAGAAGAUGAGCCUCUUUGGGGGUUCUCCUCACCUAUCUUCAGUCCGUUUAAACAUUUUCCUCAAAGUCAAGGAAUGCACGCUUCUCUGCCAAGCUGCUUGACUGUGGAUGGAAGACCUGUAUCUAUGGAUCUUAAUGGAUUCCCCUUUUCCACUCAGACUGUUUUAGAUGGAAACUUGUGGACCGAUGGGAGUCUGGCAGAAAUAGCGAACAGUGAUCAGAACCAGUUUCAGACUCAGACAGUGUUACCCAAUGACCUGGUGAGGUGCAUGAGAGAGCCAUGUUUGUUUUAAUGACAAUUCUUUUUCCUAAUCUGCAGAAGUCUGCACGCUCUCCAGGUUGUGGGAAAAUCUUUGAGCGUGACAUUUUUCGUCAUCCUAUAUCAGUCAUGUGUAAAAAUGUGCAAAUUAUAUGGGAACUGAGCAAAACAUUUGCAUGUACUACACCCUUUUAUCUGAAUACUUGUGAGGCAUGUGAGGGGUACAGGUUUCGCUUAAACCCUCAACAGAUGCAGCUGCCUGAAACUGAACACACAUUAAGGACACCAAAGCCCUAACCACUCGAUCCACACGGCCAUGGAUUAUGUAUAAGUGCAUGACAAACUACAUAGCCAUCAUGGGGUUCUCAAAGUGCAUCCAGUGAUAACCAGAGGAUCUUUUUUCACAGUGUUGCUUAUCAACCUAUUAGCCAGUUUGACAGAUUGAAUAGAAUGCCUUUAAACCAAAAAUUAAUAACUCCAAAACAAGUGGGCCAAUAAAUAAUGACAACUUUGCUGAAACGUGGUGUUGUGUGUGUGUGUGUGUGUGUGUGUGUGUGUGUGUGUGUGUGUGUGUGUGUGUGUGUGUGUGUGUGUGUGUGUGUGUGUGUGUGU